GCGGCGCUCACUUGGAGUGCGGCGAGCGAGAGAGCGAGAAGAGCCUGAUCCAUGUCCCUCGCUGCCUCCCUGCCCGGCGUGCGAAGAUGAUGGCCAUGAACGCCAAGCAGCCUUUCGGCAUGCACCCGGUGCUUCAAGAACCCAAAUUCUCCAGCCUCCACUCCGGCUCUGAGGCCAUGCGCCGAGUCUGUCUCCCAGCCCCGCAGCUGCAGGGUAAUAUAUUUGGAAGCUUUGAUGAGAGCCUGCUGGCACGCGCCGAAGCUCUGGCGGCGGUGGAUAUCGUCUCCCAUGGCAAGAACCAUCCGUUCAAGCCAGACGCCACCUACCAUACCAUGAGCAGCGUGCCCUGCACGUCCACUUCGUCCACCGUGCCCAUCUCCCACCCGGCCACCCUCACCUCGCAUCCGCACCACGCAGUGCACCAGGGCCUCGAGGGCGACCUGCUAGAGCACAUCUCGCCCACGCUGAGCGUCAGCGGCUUGGGAGCCCCCGAGCACUCGGUGAUGCCGGCACAGAUCCACCCGCAUCACCUGGGUGCCAUGGGCCACCUGCAUCAGGCCAUGGGCAUGAGCCACCCACAUGCCGUGGCGCCUCAUAGCACCAUGCCCGCAUGCCUCAGCGACGUGGAGUCGGACCCGCGAGAGCUCGAGGCCUUCGCGGAGCGCUUCAAGCAGCGGCGCAUCAAGCUGGGGGUGACCCAGGCGGACGUGGGUGCGGCUCUAGCCAACCUCAAGAUCCCCGGCGUCGGCUCGCUCAGCCAGAGCACCAUCUGCAGGUUUGAGUCUCUCACUCUUUCGCACAACAACAUGAUCGCCCUCAAGCCGGUGCUCCAGGCCUGGCUGGAGGAAGCCGAGGCCGCCUACCGGGAGAAAAACAGCAAGCCGGAGCUCUUCAACGGCAGUGAGAGGAAGCGCAAACGCACGUCUAUCGCGGCACCGGAGAAGCGCUCGCUGGAGGCCUACUUCGCUAUCCAGCCGCGGCCCUCAUCCGAAAAGAUCGCGGCCAUCGCCGAGAAACUGGACCUUAAAAAGAACGUGGUGAGGGUCUGGUUCUGUAACCAAAGACAGAAACAGAAACGAAUGAAGUACUCGGCUGUCCACUGACUGCUGCGGGGCGGAGCGUCCGGGGCCGGGGGAGCUGAGUGUAUGUCCCCCUGGAGUUGGGGGGCACGGUUAUGGGG